AUGUCUCCUGUGGACAAUAUUUUCCCGACAACUUCUUUUUUAAAAACCUUAUUGGAAAACAUUGUUUUUGAAGCUGGUUCAGAGGAAGAAGACAUAGACUUGGAGGAAGAAUCUUUAUCCGAAGAAGAGUUGGAAUCGGAUGGUGACGAAAAUUUGGAAGUAUUGACUGAUGAAGAGUUAGAUGAAGAAGAUAGAAGUUUUCUACUUGUUGAAGAUUCAUCAUCUACUGAAGAGAUGGUAUGCUCGGAGAAACUUGUUGAGCUAAGGGAAACACCUACAACAAGUCAUAUAAUGUUUAGUGCAAUGUUUAGAAGUAGAAGACGAUUGUUUGACUCUGACUCCGACUCUGACUCUGACUCUGAUAAGAACACACUAACGCAAGCAGGCCGUGCUCUGUUGUCCGGACAGGACAGUUUGUGCCGGUGCUGCUGUGGUGCGACCGGACGACGAAGCUACUCCGUGCUCUCUAGACAGCAGAGGGCGUUCAACGGGCCAGGUUCAAAAAGCGUGACUGCCACAGACUCACAAUCUGCCCCCUCCCACUCGGACAGAGGAGACUCUAGUGUGAAGGGCCAGAAGUCGGAGAGUAGCUACAUAACACCAGACAUCAUGGAGACGAGGUUGGGCGCGACCGAGAAGACGACCACGAUGUCGUGCAUAUCGUGCCUGCAUCGAGAGGCAACUAUGGAGCAGUACGUAGUAACUGGUCUUGGUAAUCAUCACGAGUCUGACCGCAACCUUCACAACAACAUCAGCAACUCCAGUCUGCAAGAUGUGGACCACGCUGAGCUGCAGAAGGAGUUAGAGUUGUACAUGCAGAACAUCUCCAAACGGUACCACGACAGGUAUAACUAGUUAUUCAGUGUUGGCUAAACUUCGG